AUGACUUCACUCCCAACGCAGCCAUCAUCACCUCCUCCAGCGUACUCACCACCUGCAAAUGGACCAUCCAAUCCAGCGCAACACGAAAAACACCCGCUCUCUCCGUACUCACUCCAAAUAUCAGCCCUCGAUACCGGCCUGAACCUCGAGAUCACCUCCACCGAUAGCUCGCAAGGAACGUACACAACAGAAAACAGUAUCCGCUCCUUCCCGUCCCUAACAUUCUAUUUCCAAGAUGCAAACAGCGAAGCCCGAAAGCAACUCGCCACUGUCCAACUCCGGCCUUUAAGCUCCAACAUACACUGCAAAGUUGGGCAGCAAGAGCUGAUGCUAUCAUCUCGAGGCUUCUUCAAGUCAGGCUACCGCUUUACAAGCCCUGCACUUAAUCGUGUCCUGAUCUGGAAACCAGAAAAGAAAGCCUCUUCCUCUUGUAACUGGCUUUUGACUGAUGAAAAUGGGAUACCCAUAGCUCGAUAUAUGACUGGGCAAAUCUCCUCGCUGGAAAGUGGGAAGCCCAGGAGUAUGGACACGACCGGCCUACUCGAGUUCCUAGGCGAAUUCGGCAAUCCAGUUCGACGUCUGGUGGAUGAAGUAGUAGUCAUGGGCUGUGCUGCCGUCGAGCAGAGGCGUCGAAAGAAUGCGAGAGCAGCUGCUGGUGGAGGCGUGGGCAUUUCGGCGGCGGGUGCUGCUGGCAGUGGAGGUGCAGGAUGA